AACUGGUAAUUUAUUAUGACCCAAUAAAGCAAAAAGACCAUCUAAAUAUAAUCUAAACCCUAGCUCUCAUCGCUCUAUCUCUUUGUCACUCCCUCCCUCACGCCUCACGGCCUCUGGCGGCCGGCGGCGGGACAGGGCGGCGACCCCAAGGCGGCGCGGUGGCGCGGGGCAGCGACCCAGGACGACGCGGCGCGGCGGCCGACGUCGUUGUCCUCCUCUCUGACAACGAUUUUGUGUGGAGAUGGAGGUGGUUCUGCAUGAGGAGGAUGCCAAAGAUUGGGUUUACAAAGGAGAAGGCGCAGCGAAUCUUAUCCUCAGCUACACUGGCUCGUCACCUUCUAUGCUUGGCAAGGUUCUGCGGAUCAACAAGAUCCUAAGGGACAAGGGACAACCGGCACCAAACUGUAUGGUCUUCUCAAGUUAUGAGGAGCUUCUCUGGGGCAAGAUCCCAGGAUUGUUGGAAUCUGUUAAAAAUGAUUGUUUGCCACAAGCUUAUGCUACAAAUGUUAUGAGCCAACAUUUGGGUGCCAAUCAUGUUGAUGGUGGGGUCCGUGUACGUGUGUCCAAGAACUUUUUGGAGCUUGUUGGAAAGAAUGUGCUUGAUAGCCGUCCUGCAUGGAGAGUGAAUGCUAGUGCAAUAGAUACCGGAGCUGAUUCUGCUCUUCUAAUUUCUGACCACACAUUAUUUUCUGGUAACCCUAAAGGUAGCAGUUGCAUAGCUGUGGAGAUAAAGGCAAAAUGUGGAUUUCUUCCAUCAUCUGAAUAUAUAUCAAAGGAGAAUUCUAUCAAGAAGCAAGUAACACGGUACAAGAUGCAUCAGCACCUAAAAUUUCAUCUGGGAGAGAUAUCGAAGACAAGUGAAUACAAUCCCCUGGAUCUAUUUUCUGGAUCAAAAGAAGGAAUACAUAUGGCAAUCAAGUCAUUUUUCUCAACUCCUCAGAACAACUUUAGGAUUUUUGUGAAUGGCUCUUUAGUUUUUGGUGGCAUGGGAGGUGGCGUAGAUAAUGUUCAUCCUAAUGAAACAGAGAAAUGCAUUGAAGAUCUGAGCAAGGUUACUGGCCUACAAUUAUCUGACUUUAUUGAACUCCUGUCAGAGGCAAUUUUCAAGUCUGGAGUGUUGGGUAAACUUUUGGCCACUCAAAAACUGGAUGAUCAUGACAUCGAAGGGGCAAUUCAUCUCUACUAUAACAUCAUUUCUCAGCCUUGUUUGGUGUGCAGAAGUAUAAGUGAUCCAGAACUUCUGUGCAAGUACUCAAUCUUGCAUUCUCUUCCAUUGGACAAGAGUGAGAGGAUUGUUAGGGACUUUCUUAUCUCUGCUACUGCAAAAGAUUGUAGCUUAAUGAUCAGUUUUCGACCGAGACAGAGUGGAGCAAUAGAUUCUGAGUAUGAUUCCGUAUUUCUUAAAUCAGUGAACCAAAGUUAUGAUUACAAGGCAAAUUUUAUUGAUCUGGAUGUGAAACCCUUGGAUAAAAUGGCACAUUACUUUAAAUUGGACCAAAAGAUUGUCAGAUUCUACAUUAGAAAUGGAGACGUUGCCGAUCCGUGUCCAAAGGGAGGUAGCCCUAGCGAUGACAAAGAGAUUCAGCCGCAACGUUGACCCUCCUAAAAUUUCUUCACUUUAAAGGGCAUAAGAGAGUUGUCUGUUGUUUCUUGGUGCUGUUGUUGUGUUUCUACAAGUGUGCAUGUCCAAUGUUGAGGAUCUCGUCCCUUCUAGGGAAAUGGUGUAAGAGAAUGGUAUUUGUUGUACAGUCUGUAUACCCUGUGGCUUGUCUCAGCAGUAUGCCGAAUUUUCAGAACACAGAUGUGCUGACAAAAACUAUACCGAGGCAUCCACGUUUACAGUAACAGGUUGAAGGUUUUGAUAUUUGCCGUGUACUCAGUCUGUUUCACCCAAUCAUCCAUAUUUACAUUGUGUACCUGCUUUCUUUCGGUGUAUAAGCUGCGAGAAUGAGGGUGCUGACGUGCUGUACAGGUGAAUGUAAUCUUGUUGCGCUCAAUGAGCUCAG